AUGACGACAGAAUUGAAGACAGAGGCCUCGGGCCCUGGAUCUUCACUGCCACAGUCCAUCCCUUUCUGGCGCAUGGUCACUCAACCCGGCGCGAUUACACAAGAGGUCUACGACCAUCCCUACGCUGGGUCGGGGACUGAGGAUGAUCCGUAUGCCGUGCAAUGGAUGCCCAAGGACUUUCGCAACCCUACUCAACUGAGCAAGCCCAUGAAAUGGGGAAUCACCAUGGUUGCGGCCAUGGAGACUCUAGUGGUGGCCUUGGUCUCUUCGGCAUACACUGGCGGUAUCCUUCAGAUUCAGCGCGAAUUCCACAUCGACACUGAAGUCGCGACCUUGGGUGUUUCGCUGUACGUCUUGGGCUUUGCCUUGGGUCCCCUGAUCUGGGCGCCCAUGAGUGAAUUGUACGGUCGUCAGCUUGUCUUUAUCUCGACCUACUGCGGCUUGACGGUCUUCUGCGCAGCGACCAUUGGAGCUAAAAACAGUGCAUCCCUGCUGAUCUUUCGAUUCCUGGCCGGCGCCUUUGGGUCGUCCCCCUUCACCAACUCCGGCGGCGUGAUUGCCGACAUGUUCCUAGCUCAGGAGCGAGGACUGGCGUUGUCGGCCUUCGCACUGGCUCCCUUCUUGGGCCCCGUCAUUGGGCCCAUCGCCGGUGGUUUCUUGGGUAUGAAGGCGGGAUGGAAGUGGGUGAUGGGCCUGCUGAGCAUCCUGUGCGCCGUGAUGUGGAUUUGCGGAGCAGCACUCAAGCCAGAGACGUACGCCCCCGUUCUCCUUCGCCAGCGAGCCAAGACUCUCUCCAAGAUGACCGGCAAAGUGUACGUGAGCAAGCUCGACAUUGACCAAGGUCGCCCUGUCCCCAAGGAAGCCUUGAAGACCGCCCUUUCCCGCCCUUUCAUCCUUCUCUUCAGCGAGCCCAUUGUGAUGCUGCUUUCCAUCUAUCUCGCCAUCAUCUACGGCACGCUUUACAUGCUGUUCGGCGCUUUCCCUAUCGUCUAUCAACUCCAUCGCGGAUGGAACCAGGGCGUAUCUGCAUUGGCCUUCCUGGGCGUGAUGAUCGGCAUGUUGGCCGCCAUCGCCUACUCCAUUCCCGAGAACAGCCGGUAUACCAAGCUCCUCCAAAAGAACGGGGGCUACUCCCCCCCCGAGAGCCGUCUGCCUCCCUGCAUGAUCGCCUCGGUGGCCCUCCCGAUUGGACUUUUCUGGUUCGCCUGGACCAACUCGCCCUCGGUGCACUGGCUUGCGAGCAUUGCUGCCGGAGUUCCUUUCGGCUUUGGCAUGGUCCUCGUGUUCCUGAGUGUGUUCAACUACCUCAUUGACGCCUACACAAUUUUCGCCGCGUCGGUACUGGCGGCCAACUCGUUACUGCGAUCCCUCUUUGGUUUCGCCUUCCCUCUCUUCACCAGCUACAUGUUCAAGAACUUGGGCAUCCACUGGGCGGCGUGUAUCCCCGCCUUCCUGGCCUUGAUCUGUGUGCCUUUCCCCUUCAUCCUGUACAAGAAGGGCCUGGCGAUCCGUAAGCACUGCAAGUACUCCGCUCAGUCUGAGGCCUUUGUGCAGAAUCUGCUCAAGGGAAUGGCCACCGCCAACACAACAGAGGUGGUUUCUCCCGAAGACGACGAGGGUGAUCAAUCCACCAUGGAUGAAGCCAUGACUCGUGUUCCUUCCGCAGCCAAGGAAGACCCCACGGUGACAUCCCACGCCUUGGACAAAGAUACCGUUGCCGAAAGACUCUCCCUGGAUCGCCCUCUGUCCCGCGUCGACACGCGCAUGUCCCAGAUUCAACGGAUUUCAACCUACGAGGGUAAUCCUUAUAACAUUGACCGUGUCCACACCCGUGAAUCAUUCCGGUAA